UAAGAAAGAAGAGGAAAUUGUCGCAUAUCUGUAAAAGCUACGUGCACUUAUUUUCUUAGUAGAAUUGGGCGCACACUUUCGGUUACAUUACAUCACCCCCAUCACUAACUUGUAGAUACAUAAAUUAUUCUAAUACAAGAUUGACUCUGUCUUCUAUUUUCUUGAUUUGAGUCUUCUCAUUCUGUUCUUGUAACUAUUACUGUUUCAUUUGGUGAAAGUGCUUCUUUAGGGAAUGCCCAACUGUUUUCUUGGAUUCUUCAGAUUACCAGCAUUAGAUUACACCGUGGACCGUCUUGUAUUUUGGGAAUAUUGAGUUACUGUUCCAUUGAGGUGUUGUAGAGUUUUCUUCGUGUUACGUAACAACUGGUCAAUGGAUUCAAGGGGUACUCCAACCGCUGAAUUUCAGCAGAAAGUUUACCCUAGUAUUGUCACAGCUCUAGUUGGAGCAGUUCAUGAAUGGUUGCUGAUUUUUAUGCUUUUUAUCGAUGCUGGUUUCUCAUACUUAAUUACAAGGUUUGCUCGUUAUAGCCACUUGCAAAUUCCGUGUUUGCUCUGCUCUAGACUUGAUCAUGUUCUUGGCAAUGAGAGAGUAGGUUUUUAUUGGGAUCUGAUAUGCCACAAGCACAAGUUAAAGAUUUCAUCUUUAGUUCUUUGUCAUCAUCAAGACAAUCUCGUUGAUGUUCAUGAAACAUGUGAAAGUUGCUUUUUCUCAUUUGCCACAAUAAACAAGUCAAAUGCUGAAACGUACAGAAUAUUGGUCAGCAAAUUGGGAGCUGAGCCUCAUUCUGGGCUUGAUCAAGGUUCUUUAUCUUGGGAACAUAAUCUCGGUUCGUCUGACAGGAGAGAGUGUUCUUGUUGCAAUGAGAAAUGGAUAUCUACAAGUUAUGCUGAUAAUUUAAUUCAACCUAAAUCAAUCAACACUGAGGAAGCUGAGCUUCAUGCACCUUUAUCUGAAGCAUCUGCACCUAAUAGGGAUGAGUUGAAGGAUAUUAAAGAUGCAACAUCUAACUUCCACCAUUCGGGGAAAAAAGAUGCUGAUCCUUUGUCACAUGUAGCAUAUUCAAAAAUCAAUGGUACUUCUGACAGUGAAUCAGAAACUCCACUUUCUGAUGACGAAAGUGCUUGUGCACUUAUUCGUGAAAUGGAGUCACCAGAUAUAGAUUUAGCUGCAAAGUAUGGACAACCAGAACGUAUGGUUAUUGCUCAUGCUGAUCCUCUGUCACAUGUGGAAUAUGUAAAGAUCAAUGUUACUUCAGAUAUUGAAUCAGAAACUCCAUUUUCUGAUGAUGAAAGUGCUUGUGCACUUAUUCGUAAAAUGGAGUCAUGGGACAAAGAUAUAGCUGCUGAGUAUGUACAACCAGAACCUUCAAUCAUUUCUCUUGCUAACAAUGUAGUUCUAGAGAAAUUGAUACAUCCAGCUUCUUCAACCAAGCUUCCACUUUCUGAGUCAGAGGUACAACUGGGCUCUAAUAAUUCCUGCUGCAAUGCAAGAUCUGACUCACCCAUUAAACAUCAUGGGUUGGAGGAACUUAUUUGGCUACAAGCUAACCGCAAAAAUGAUGAUUCCUUAUUAUCUGAGCUCAUAAAUUUUGACGAGGUACUUCAGCAGCCCAAGGUUUCUGGGACUCAAAGUUAUGAAUCAAACGAAAUUGAUGCCAAAGCCAUGGCUGAAUUGGAGAGAGAAGUUACCUUUGAGGGUGGAGAAACUUCUAGUUUGAAAGUGAAACCACUUCAGCAAAUGACGACUAAUUCUUUGGAUCUUAAUGAUGCUUAUAAUUUAGCUGUUGGCAAUGUUGGAAGACAGUUGUCUGGAAGACUCUUAGAACAACAGAGGUCUAUGAAGGACUCUGAGAGAGCCAGUGAAGAUGUGAAGCACUUGCUGUCACAAAUAUCUUCUCGUGGAAUUGAUCCAUCAUUAAACGAUAUGAGCUCUAGGGUGUCUGCAAAUAGCGAUGAGUUUAGAAAUUUUGAUGCUUCUAACGCUAUAGGGAUGCAGAUAUUGCAAAGAAGGAUUUCGCUUGAGAGAAAUGAAUCUAAUAUAUCUCUUGAAGGAAGCACUAUCAGUGAAAUUGAAGGUGAAACUGUGAUAGAUCGAUUAAGACGUCAGGCUGAGCAUGAUAAAAAAGUAAUAGGUGCUCUAUAUAAAGAAUUGGAGGAAGAGAGAAAUGCUUCUGCAGUUGCUGCUAAUCAAGCAAUGGCGAUGAUUACUAGAUUACAAGAAGAAAAGGCAGCUCUCUAUAUGGAGACAUUGCAAUGCCUAAGAAUGACAGAAGAGCAAGCUGAGUAUGAGGGCGAAGAACUGCAGAAAGCAAACGACCUGCUUGCAGAGAAGGAGAAGGAGAUUCAAAAUUUAGAAACUGAACUUGAACUGCACAAGAACAAACUUAGAGAUAUAUCUUUGUCAGGUCACAUUUUGAUGCCAAGCCCUGAAUCUGGUGCAGGUGAAUUGAAGGGAACACAAUUAGAUUCAAACCAUUUAGAAUUUAAUACCACUGCAUUUCACAGUUCAAAUGAUGAUAAAUUUGAUAUUAUCAAUACAGUUGUUGAAGCUCUGAAGAUGUUUGGGAAUAAGGACGGUAAGACCUUUGUGGAAGUUGAAGAUGAAAAACAAUAUGUCUUGCAAUGUUUAAAACAAUUACAAGAAAAGGAUAAUUUAUUCUCGAAAAAAGAGGUCUGCUCCAAGAUGACUGAUGGAAACAAUUCGGGAGAGGAAGAGAGCGAUGUAAGUGCUUCCAAAGAACUUGAUUACAGGCAGGCGUCUCAAGAAAAUGGUGGAAAGUGAGAGAAUCGUUUACAAAAGAUACAAUCAGGAUCAAUUUGCUUUUUCAUUGAAAUUCUGAGUAUAUUUUAUGAAAGAAAACAGUGGAUUCAAAUAUAAUUAACACGUCAUUCAAGAUAUGGGCGAGAUGCUCUUACACAUGAGGUUUCUGUUUUGAGAAAAACUUUAGAAAGGUAGAACCGAGUUUUCUUGAACAUGCUGUUAUCACUUGAGAAGGGUACCUUUUUGCCUGCUAGAAGUACAUUCAAUUCAAAUCAGAAGAAGAAAACAACUUUCAAUAAGAAUUUCUAUAACUGAGCUCCACCUGAAAAGAUGCCUUCUUGUGGUAGAAGAUGAUUCAACUUUCUGGAAUGCCAGAUGAAGGUAACUGUGAUGAUGUACAGCUGGUUAUAGAAAUUCUAAAUCAAUUGUGAAGUAAACCACUUCUUUACCCUUUUGUUUUUCUAUUUCUAUAUAUAGGAGUUAAAUUGAGCCUGUGUGAUUAAUUCUA